AUGCGGUGCGCGAACAAGGCCGCCGAGAGCGCGUCCGCACGUCUCUGUGCGGACGCCGAAGCAGAAACCGCAGCAACUGAUGUCUCAUCGGUUGCUGAAGCGACUCAGCCUGUGUCACCUGGUGAUGCAGGCGCUCGUCAUGAAGACACUCAUGUCUUCACAGAGUAUGAGCUCGGUGUCUCAAACUCUCCUGAUACGGAUGACGGAUCCGUAUCGACGGCGAUUGAAUCCAAGCCGCCUGCCAAGCGUGGCAUGGAUGAUGCUUUGCGUCGUAGCAUCUUUGGUUCAUCUGAUGAGUCAGAUGAACCAUCGCCAAAGCGAAGGCGCUCGAGGUCGCGAGACUCGGGCGCUCAUAGUGGUGUCGUUUCUCCAAUGGACACCACUUCGCAACGAGGUGCCAGUACUUCUGUCGGCACGUCGCAGGAAGAGCGGGAGCAUGGCUGCCUCCUAAAUCUGUCAUGGAUCGCUUGUCGGCGACGACAAGUGAUCGCUAUCGAACACGAUUGUUCGAUUCGUCAAGGAUCCAUCACCUUGACCCCAGCGCGAAAGACUAUCGCGCUGAGAAUGAAUUCUUCAUCGAUGCUUUCUUUAGACAUCGAUGGUACAGUGGGAAUCACAAGCGUGAUGGUCCCUCACUACUUCAAGCCUGGAACGCCUAAAUCCAUAACCUUGAGGAUGUAG